AUGGGACGUUUAUACAGCGCGCUGCGAUGGGACGUUUAUACAGCGCGCUGCGAUGGGACGUUUAUACAGGGCGCUGCGAUGGGACGUUUAUACAGGGCGCUGCGAUGGGACGUUUAUACAGGGCGCUGCGAUGGGACGUUAAUACAGGGCGCUGCGAUGGGACGUUUAUACAGGGCGCUGCGAUGGGACGUUUAUACAGCGCGCUGCUCUCUGGUUGGUUAA